AUACCUUGCAUUUCGAAUUCGAAUCCACACUCUCAAAAGCGCGAAAACAGAGGUGCUACGACUCACCUCAUUUCAAAUUUCAACAAUAGAAUACCUCCAUUAAAAUAUCUCCUUCAAUGCCUAUGGAUUCGCUUCUAAUUCCUCACUCCUUGAUGCAGAUAAUCUCCCCCAUUCCGGCUUGAUGCCGUACGAUUCAAUCUUGGAUCAUUCUGGGCCUGAUCUUCAUCUAGGUACUGAUUUUUAGUAGUACGACGAUGCUUUCCAUGAUCAACUGAUGCAUUCCAAAUUCCACACCAUUUUAUUUUCUGUUUAUUGAUGGAACUUCAGUAACAGCCAGGCCUAUACUAAGAAUUUGUUGAAGGGGCUUAAGAAUUAAGAUGAAGAUGCAUGCUCCAUUGAAAUCGAAAGGGAUAACCACUAGGGUUAGCAACCAACAUGUGAUCUUUGAGCUAAAACAACGUGUUAUUCUCGCAUUAAACAAGAUUGCUGACAGAGACACAUAUGAAAUUGGGGUUGAAGAACUUGGAAGAACAAUCGAGAGUUUAACUCCAGAUGGGGUUUCACCAUUUUUGUCAUGCAUUCUAGACACCGAUUCAGAGCAAAAGAUAGCUGUUCGAAAGGAAUGUAUAAAAUUAAUGGGCACCCUCGCAACAUUCCACCAAGAUCUCAUUAUCCCACACCUGGGCAAAAUGGUAAUUAGUAUAGUUAAACGACUCAAAGAUCCAGAUUCUGUUGUGAGAAAUGCUUGUAUUGAGACUAUGAGUAUUUUGGCAUCCAAAUUGAGCACUACUGAUAAUGAGCAAGAGGGAAGUUUUGUUUUACUAGUGAGACCUCUUUUUGAAGCAUUAGGUGAUCAAAAUAAACAUGCUCAAUGUGGCUCAGCAUUGUGUUUAUCACGUGUAAUUGAUCAUACGCGGGACCCACCUGUAUCUAUUCUACAACGUAUGUUGAUAAGAACUACAAAGAUGCUGAAGAAUCCACACUUCAUGGCUAAACCAGCCAUGAUUGAGUUAAACAGAAGUAUCAUUCAGGCAGGAGGUGCUUCAACACAAACUACUUUAAAUGCUGCAAUGAGUAGCAUCCAAGAAGCUCUUAAGAACAGUGAUUGGAGAACAAGAAAAGCUGCAUGUGAAGCGUUGUUAGAACUUGCUUCAACUUCAACCAAUGGAUCAUUCUCUGAUUCUAUCAAAUCAUCUUGCAUUCGUUCACUUGAAUUAUGUCGAUUUGAUAAGGUCAAACCAGUUAGGGAUACAGUACUUCAGGCUUUACAACUCUGGAAAAGUCUUCUGGGAACUGAUGCAUCUGAACUUUCAGAAGCUGGAUCUUCUAUAAAAGGUGAUUACAGUGAAUCUAAUAAAAAAAGGGUUCCUCUUUCUGUUAGGAAAACAGGUAUAAGUUAUGUAGAAAGUCCUCAAAAUUCCAAUACAAAAGAUUGGCAAAUAGAAGUGAAUGUCCCAAAAACACGUAACAUCUCAUUAGCAUACACUCGUGAUGAAGAAUCCGAGGGUAGUUCUGUCACAAAAACAUUCGAAAGGACUAAAUCCGACAUCACAUCGAUUCAAGAUACCGGAUACGAAUAUGUGCCCAUGGAUGACAAACAAGAAUCCUCUUCGGUAACAGUCAUCGGCGAUGAUCAUGUGAAGGGCAAUUUCGUAAAAUCAAAUCAAAAUGAAAUCGAGGAAGAAGCUAGUACUGAAGAACAGAGGUAUUUUCCAAAGGGUCAAGAUCGGAAAAGCCUCGAUUCAUCUGUGACUGAAUCAAGUUCGAUAAUUGGGCAUGAAUCGCGUGGUUGUUGUGUGCAAACAGCAAAAGAAAUGUCUUGCAUUCGAGAGAAGCUUCUAGAAAUUGAAUCCAAACAAUCGAAUCUCUUGGAUUUGUUGCAGGUGUUUGCAAGAAAGACAAUGGAUAGCUUAUCCAUGAUUCAAUCAAAAGUCUCCACUUUAGAAAACGUAGUGGAUCGAAUGUCAGAAGACAUAACUAACAAUGGAAGAACAUAUUCCGAUUCCGCCCCUAAAUUUUUAAAAAAGAAUUCCACCAUUCCUUCCCCUAGACUCUCAACAUGCACCCCAAGAUCCUCUGUGGACAGGAAAUCACCAUUACAGACUAUGAGAAAAUCCGAUUCCUGGGAAGAAGGCUCAUGGAUGGAUCCAAGGGUAGUAAAAACAAGUAGAAAUCCUGUAAAAAAGGGAAUGCAUGGAGUUCGGAAUGGAAUUGGUGAUUCCGGUUCUGGUCGGAAUGGGAUCAGUGAUUCCGGAUUUGGUUCGAGUGUCAGGAAUGGGAAUGGGAAUGGUCCGUUUGAAAUUGUGAAAGGUUAUUUAAUACAAGGGGAUUUAGACUCGGCUUAUGUUGAAGCUUUGAAUUGUGGUGAUGAAUUGGUUUUAGUGGAUCUUCUUGAUAAAACGGGGCCCGUUUUGGAAAGUUUAUCGAAUAGAACUGCAAAUGAUGUUCUUGGCACUUUGGCUUUCUUCUUGUCUGAACAACAAUUCAUGAGUUCAAUAAUCCCUUGGCUCCAACAGGCGGUUGACUUAAGUAGUGGGCAUGGAGCAAAUCAGCUUGUACUGACAGCAAAAGCAAGGAGGCAAUUCUUGAGUGCAAUUCAGGAAGCUGUAAACAUGGAAUUCCCAAAUGCUAUGGAGAGGAGAUCAAUUACACAAUUGGUAUCAAGAUUGCAUCAAGUUUGGGGGAAAUGAUAGCAUAGAUUACUUAGUGGUUGGAAGUUGAAGCUUGAGUUCUUGUUAUGUAUUCUAGUUGAUUGAUUGUAUGUUUAAAGGCAAUAUUGGAAACAUGCCAUGAUGUUUUUGUUUCAUAGUGAGAUGCAAAAAAGUUUUUUUUUGCAUCACAUUUUUUUUUUUUUUGUGUACUAAGCUAUUGAAAUGUACAAUAGGCAUCGUGUUGCUAAGCUUUUUAUAUGUGAAACGUGUAACUCAAUCUUACAUACAACUUGGAAAAUGUAUAAAAAAAACAAUGAACAAUCAUCGGAUAUCAUAUCA